CCGUCUCUUUGACGCUAUUAUAAUAUCGACCCUCUCUUUUUUACAUUUAGGCAUAAAAUUGGAUUCUUCCUUUGGCUCUGCUUUCAAUAGUCCAAUCUAAAAUCUCCAGCACACAGUUAAUCAGAGUGUAAACAAUUUCUUUAAUCUUUUGACAAUAGACUUUGUCACUUUUGUAUGAUUUUGUCCUGGAUCUAAUCUCCACCUAGUUGAUUUCUUUGACCCGAUCAAAAAAAAAAAAAAAAAAAAAAAAAAAAAAAAAAAAAAAAAAAAAAAAAAAAAAAAAAAAAAAACAAAGAAAAUCAUAAACCCUAAUGGAUUUAAUCAGUUUUCUAUCUAAAUUUUGUUAUGGAAAUUGCAAGGAGGAGUACAAUUUGAUGAUGAUGAAAUGGAUCUGAAACUGAAACCCUAAACAAUAACGAUCGAAGUUUUGCAACUCAGAGAAACCCAUUUGCUUCAUUUCCCUAAAAGGUAACACUGCUGCUGCUAAAUUCUAGAUUGUCACUUAACAGAUCUGUAAAGAUUGAAUCUUUGACCUUAUUGACUGUUUAGUUAUAGUUGGGUUUUUUUCACAAUGAUCCAUGAAUUUGGAACAAGAAUAAGGAAAUAGAGUUUAUUAGCUUUCUGAGAAUGGGUUAUAGAAACUGCAAUUGUUGUUUAGCUUGUGUUUGGUUGAAGAACUGAAUCCCUUAUAAGUACAAGUUGAAUUGGUGAAGAAGAACUGAACCCUUGAGAAAUUCUUCAACCCCUUUGAUCAUUUGAGGAAUUUGGGAAAAGACUUACAUUUUUAAGGUAAAAAGAUCCAAUCUUUGAAAAAAUGCAUGCCAGGCAUCGGAGUCCGGUAGCUGGGUAUAAGUCUAGUUCAAUGGGGAUGGGUGGAGUGGCUACUGCCUCGCGGGUUUCACCCGAGGAAACAGUGAGAGGUCGUGGAUUGCACAACUUGGAGUACAGAAACUAUAAUCGAGGUGGAUUUGGGCGUGGUCAAUCGAAGCAGUUUGGGUUUCAGCAGCCUUCGCAUGGAAAUGACCUUUUCAUGGAAGCUGGACGGUUAGCAGCCGAGUACCUGGUUUCCAAAGGGCUGCUGCCACCGAACGCUCUUUCAGGGAAAUUGCCAAAUGGUAACUUAAAGAGCCCGGUUGGGAAUUUUCAGGGGUUUAAGCGACAAGAUGUUGAUGAAGGUCGGACAUCAGCUCUUUCACGUUUCGAGAGUGGUGUAGGCGAUAGGAGAAUGUAUCCUGAUGAACAUAACUCGGUGGGUUCAAGAAAUUAUAUGAGAGCAAGGAGAAGAAAUGAAUCCUUUAGAAAUUACAUCUCUGAGUUCAACCAAGAAUUGCAAAGAAGUGGAUCGUCCGUUAGAGCCAGGGCCUACACUGAUAUGAAUGGUCAAGAUGUCGCUUUCCCACGUGAUAGAGAUGAACAGCAAGUGGCUAAAGAUAAUAAUGAGAUGUUACCUAGUUCCCUUCUUCCAGGUAAAACAAAUCCAGAUAUAGAGAGUACAGAGGAGUCAACGGGUGGUGAUUCAAAACCUGCCUCGGGAGAUUCUGGUAAAGAGACAAGUCCCAUCAACACUGGAAAUGAUAUCCCAUCAGAGGUUCAACCUGAACCAAACGAGAAACCUGAUGACAUUGAAAUGUCCGAGAAAGAAGCUGAUCCGGUUAAUCUUUCCAACAGUACUGAGGGUUUGGAGAAAACAGCUGGCAACGAGGAUCUAGAAGUAAAGUUGUUCAGCGAAGAACAUAACCAGACGAGCAUGACUGCUAAUGAUUUACUUAGCUUAUGCAGGUUUGGAAACGUUCCCACAAGAACACGUUCUUCGUUGGCAAACAGAGAUUUGAAGGUUUGUCAUGAUUCUGUUACUGUAGAUGAGAAUGCUCAUGAGGGCGGGCUCCCUAAGGAAACUGAAGUGCAUUCCCAAGACAUCUCUGUGGAUGCGAAAAGCCUCAAUUCUGAGAAAUUGAAAGCGCCAUCCAUGGAGGAAGAAUCAUGUCUUACUUAUGCCAUUAAGCAGUUAAAUGAGACAAGUUCCUUAUCCUUUCGUGAAAGUACGUUAAUGAAGGAGGAAGAGAAAUUAGAGGGGCUAACUGAGAUUGAAAGUUGCAGUUCUAUAACCACGGGAAGAGGUGAGAAAAGAGAGUUGGAUGACGAUGACAAUUGUAAGGAGGGAACUAAGAGACCUAGAGAAUUGGCUUCAUUAAAAAGUACUUUCUCAGAUGACUUUCUCUACCGUUCUAAUUCAGUGGAAGAACAGCUGACUUCACAGGAACCAAGGACAUCACAGGGAGAGCCAGUAAUGUUUCUGUCUGAGGAGAAGAGAUUGGUAGACAUCUCUAUGAUACCUGAGGGUGAUGUGAGGCUAGGCAGUGACUUCACGGAAAAGCAACUUUUACCGGCUUCCUUCAAGACUUUUGAUCUCAAUCUUAUGGAAACUUCUGAUGUGAAUGAACAUCAUGAUGCCAAUCCUGUUCAUAUCUUCCCUGUGAUUGCUGAAGGUGUAAAACAAGAAGCAUCGGUUGAUAUGCAUCUGACCAUGGGUAGUAACUCUAAUACAAGUAAAUAUGCUAAAUCUGGCUUUGAUGGGAGAGAUGUUGAGGUGAUUGAUUUGGACAAUGAUUCUGAACAAGAAGAGAAGGCUUUCAGUAACCAAGAGAGAAGGUCUGAAGUUGUAUUCACUGAAACAGAUGAUUUUUCUAAUAAUGCACAUAGUACCAACAAUAUACCCAAUGCUCAGGACGGUUAUGGACUUAUGAUUUCGGAAUUACUUGGGAAUGAUAUAGCAAACUGUUCUUCUCUACCAGAAGAUAUGAAUUCUCUGCACAAUGAUAUGGGCCUCCAUAAUGGAGAGGGCAUGCUUGGUGACGAUGAUUCAAUAUAUAUGUCCUUGGGAGAAAUUCCGAUAAGUUUUCUGACAGGCUGGGAGCAGCCGACACAAGAAUUCGGGAAGCCAUUUUAAGGUGCUAUUACCCAGUUGCAGCCACUUAUUGGAUUGCCUUGUUAUGGAGUUGAAGUUCUCUGUGAUUGUUUAGGUCUUUUCAUGUUCCAACAAGUAGCUCAAAAACAAUCAUAUGAAGAAUAAAGACAUAUGUAUUUAACUUUUAAGCAAAACAGCUCCUCUCUUGUUGUAAUGAUUUCCUAAUAAGUAGCUCAUACAAUCAGAGUUAAAUAUCAGAGUUAGUUCGCUUGGAGCAGGGCUCGAACCUGUGACUUAAAAUCUUCUACAUGGAACUUGUAGUAACCAAUUCCAUUCUGAAGCCAAUGUAAAGUUCUCAAAAUCCUUUCUAGAAAA